CUUAGUUUCUAGUAAAAUGGAAGAGAAAGUUCAAAACUCCUUUCUCUUUUUCCUAUUAGUUAUAUUCCUCACUGUCUUUACUGCUUCAUCAGACUCAUUUCCCUCACUCAUAUGGCCUGAAUCCGAACCCUUAGAGUUCGACCCGGAAUCCUCCAACACCCUAACUCUUCCCCUCCACCAUGUAGACGUUCUCUUCUUUAACAAAACCUCAGAGGAGCUCUUCUACCUCAUGCUUCAAAGAGACGCUGCCAGGGUCAAAGCCUUCACUUCCAAAGCUGCAGGAGAAGAAUCCAAUAAGACCCAACUAAGAUUUCCUAGAUCCAGGAAGGGUUUCAGAAGCCCAAUUAUCUCGGGUUUCCCACAUGGAACCGGCGCGUACUACACACGCAUUGGCAUUGGCACUCCCCCAAGGUACGUGAAUCUAUUUCUUGACACUGGAAGCGACGUCAUUUGGCUCCAGUGCAAGCCUUGCAAGAUUUGCUACAAUCAGACAGACGAGAUUUUUGACCCGGAAAAAUCCACCUCCUUCGACGAAAUCUCGUGCAACUCCUCCCUUUGCCAACUACAAGACCAGCCGGGAUGCAACCAGAAAAAUCAAUGCCAAUACCAAGUCACCUACGGCGAUGGUUCCGGCACAUCCGGCGAUCUUUCCACUGAAACGCUGACGGUUGGAAAAACCCGCCUACAACGUAUAACAUUCGGCUGCGGCCAUGAUAAUGAGGGUGAUUUUGGUGGAACCGCCGGUUUAAUGGGUAUUGGUGGUGGGAGCCUGUCAUUUCUAGGUCAAGUCGGAACUCGGUUUAACAAAAAAUUCUCAUAUUGUUUAGUGGACCGAUCCCAUUCCCAAAAACCAUCUUCCAUCAUUUUUGGCGAUUCGGCUAUCCCACGAACCGCGCGAUUCACUCCUUUGCUCAAGAACCCGAACCCUCGUCUUAAUGGAUUCUAUUACGUUGAGCUCCUUGGCAUCAGUGUGGAUGGCAUCCCGGUUCGCGGUAUUUCACCUUCCCUCUUCCGGUUUGACCAAUAUGGUAAUGGAGGCGUCAUCAUCGAUUCAGGCACAACCGUGACACAACUCAUUAAACCGGCUUACUUGGCUUUCAGAAACGCUUUUCGGGUUGCGGCUGCGCAUUUGAAGCGAGGGCCCGAGACCGAGUCGUUCGAUACUUGUUAUGACCUAUCAGGGCUCAGAGAGGCAAAGGUUCCCACUGUGGUGCUCCAUUUUCGGGAUGUUGACGUGUCCUUGCCGGCGAAGAACGUUCUUGCUACGUUGAAAACCAACAAGACCGGACCUUCAUGCUUCGCAUUCGCUCAAUGGGGUGGUCCAUUUUCCAUAAUCGGUAACAUCCAACAACAAGGGAUCCGCAUCGCGUAUGACUUGGCUGGAUCUCGGGUCGGAUUUGCCCCAAGAGAGUGCGUGUGAUUGUCUUGGGAAUUUGAAAUAAUUGUUUCUCAUGUUUUUUUUCCCAUCUAAACCUUAGAAAAUUAAAAGAUAAUUUUAUAGAAGGAAUAUUAAUCGCUUAAGCGUUUAAUGAAUAUUAAUCUCUUAAUCUUUUAAAACAAAGAACCUCGUAAUUAGGGAAACCAGGAUUGAGAAUACUAUUAUAAUUCACAUAUGAUACAUAUGUGUCCGUUGGAGCUGUU